AUGGACAAAUUUUCAACUCGAAGACUAGACAACAUCAAGCGGAACCAGGAGGUGCUCAAGGAGCUCGGGGCGGUCGCUCAGGCCGAGGCAAUUCAACGGUCAAGCCACCCCAUCCCAACCACAAAUGGUGCAGACAAUCUGCGCGCCACCAAGAAACGACGCGUGGAGAAGGCAAGGACUGCCCCAGUGCCCACUCGCACCUCAGCCCGGAUCGCAUCGGCCCCAAUCCGGCCAAGCUACGACGAGGCCGGCCCCGCCGCUGACACUGUGGCCGAGACGAAGGCCAAGGCCCGAAGAGCCAAAGCUCCGAGGAAGGAGAGGGCCGCAGAGGCACGGGCAGACGGAGAGGCGAGCCACGCCCCGAGAGACAGCGACAUGACCGCAGACCUCGACGCCCUCCAAGCCUCCUGGUCCUCCUGGACGCCCGCCGCGCCGGGCCCCGACCGCGACGAGGCGGGCGUGCUGCACUUCGCCUCGCACCCGGGCUUCACGCCCAACAAGACGCCCGCCGAGGUCCUGCGCGAGGGCGCCUUCGGCGGCUCCUACUUCCGCCCGCUGUACUCCAAGAAGCUGCGCCUGACCGUCUCGGGCGACUACCGCGAGCUCCCCGCCGGCUGGACGGCCGGGCUGGACGUGGCCCGGUACCUGACCGGGGGCGAGUACGACGCCGACGCGAACAAGUUCAAGGUCGCGUGCGGGCAGAGCAUUGAGCAGUGGGAGGAGGCCGGGUGGAUCGAGCACCGGUUUGAUGUGCGCGGCUGGUUCCAGUGGUACUGCCGGUUUUACCUGGGCCGGCGGUGCGAGGACGAUGAGAGGCAGGUUGGUCGGUGGAAGAGGUGUGUUGGUGAGACGGGGCGGUGGCGUAGGAUGCUGCUGAAGAAGUAUGUCGCCGCUGGGGUCAGGGAGGUCUGGGAUGAUGGGGCGGAUGAGGAUGCCCCGGAGGUUAGCCCUGUGAUGCACCAGACUUGUCAUCAUUGGGCUUUUGAGGUCACGCAGGACGUUUUGGAUGAGUAUUGGAGUACUGGGAGUUGA